AUGGGACUGGGAAGCAUUGUUGAAUGCCGGCACAUCAAGACCAUGCCCGCCGACGAAGAUGACGUCGCGUCUCGCAAGCUGUCUGUUGACGCAUCGAAACCUCUACCGGAUGAGGCCUCCAUCGACCUCGCCGCUCAAUUCCUCCGCAUGAGUCGUGCAGCCCGUCGCGCCAUCGCCGCGCAGUACGAACUCGACGACGAGACUGCCAUGGACAUGUCUUCGGAUGAGCUUUCUCCCACCGCGGUCGAUCAUGAUAGGCGCCACUCUUCGUUUGAGUCCGGAAUCUUGACCACUCUACCGUAUCGUCCCAAGGAGUCACAACACAAUCCAAGGAAGCAUUGUCGAAGCAGCCCCUCAAUCGAUGGCUUCGAGGGUCAACCGGAAUCGAGCGUGGGGAAGCACUGCCAACGGAUCUCGGGCGACUCGGGCUACGGCUCUGAUACUCGCCGCGAACGCAUUCAGUCCGAAUACAGCCGUGACGCAGAUGGUCGAAUCCAGAAACGUCAGACCAAGGUGGUGAGGAGACUUGUGCCGAACCCGCAGGAGGAAUCUCUUGCCCGUGUCGAGUACUGCGAUUCGGACACCGACGAAGUCUUUCCUGAGUCUCGAUAUUCCGGUGCCUCCUUUCGCAGACAUACGCUGGCUACCAAUACCGCCAGCGCUGUAAGCUCGACUUCAUACGAGCAAGUCAAGAAGCGACCACAGAGCAAUGAGCAAGCGCACCAGGCCAAGUUGCUCAGAAGAGUCAGAGGCAUCACGGCCCUACGACCAGAGCACAGCAUCGGCCAAGCCAAGCCCCAGAGGCCCAGCAUCCAGAUACCUGCCAGACCUAUUGGCACUUCCGGCGAACGUUGUCUGCCAGACCUGAGUCCGGAAUUAUCCCCCCGGAAAUCAAACCCAGUAGUACCCCAAGAAUCCCCAAGAUCCGCCGCACACACCCAGCUCCGAAACCUCUCCGAACUCUCAACAGCCUUGUCCGCACACUUCUCUCGGCCCUCCUCCUACAUCUUCCCUCCAAUCCAAGAAUACACAGAAUCCGACGAUGACGACGACUCCGCAGAAUCAAGCGUCUUCUCCAUCCCAGAUUCCCCCAUCGAGGACUUCUACCUCCACCCCGACGACCCCUUCUCGCCUCACCUAGAAGGCGCCGUCACCGCCGUCAUCCGCCAUUACCGCACCUGGCAGGCUCAACAACGAGGUGGCCAGGGCAGCCGCAGUCGAGCCCAGCGUGCCAACGCCUCAACCCCAGACUCAGCCCGCCACCCACGCAAGCGCUCCCACUCCGACGACCAGGACCAGAUCCCUCCAGACGGCGACGAGGACGUCGCGCCGGACUACAAACGACCCCGAAUCCCAAGCUCCUCGCCCCCGGGGAGAAUGCUCGCCUGCCCCUUCUGGAAGAAAGACCCGGAGAACCACCGCCAGUGCUACAAAAAGGUCCUCAGCAAGAUCAAAUACGUCAAGCAGCACCUCUACAAGUUCCACGAGGCCCCCAUAACAGCCCCCUGCUGCGGCGCCGAGUUCGAGGACGAAGACGCCCGCGACGAACACAUCCUCGCCCGUCUGAACGGCGGCCAGUGCCGAGUCCUCGCCGCUCCGGCGCCCGGACGCAGACCCGAGGGCCUCACCCGCGCCCAACGCCAAAAGGUCCAGCGCCGCGCCGACCCGGAAAAGUCCGAGGAGCAGCAGUGGUUCGUCAUCUGGGACAUCAUCUUCCCGGGCCACCCCCGCCCGGCCUCCGCCUACGUCGACAACGUCCUUUCCGAAGACCUCUGCAGCUUUCGCGAGUACUCCACAACCCACGGCGUCGACAUCAUCUCGGAGGUCCUGGGGAGGCACGACCCGGAGAGGAGGGAGCGGUACGAGCGCGUCGUGCUCGAGGAGGCGAUGGAGAGGAUCUACGAGCAGUGGGCGAACCGGAGGCUGGGCCGGGAACCGGACGUGUUGACUCCGCCGGAGUCGGACCCCGCGAGCCGCGCUGCCAGUCGUGCGUCGUUGGUGUAUGCGGACGUGAUGCAGGGGGGCCAGCAGGUUAACUAUGGACAGAUCUCGUAUAUGGCUGACGAAGACCUGCCUGUGCCGUUGAGUAACCUACAGGCUGGGGACGAGGGGUUUAAUGGGCUCGGGGCCGCGGACGAGGUGUUUCUUGAGCAGGAUCCCCGAGCGAUGUUUUCCGACCUGGAUAGCAUCCAGUUUGCCGGUGGACAAGGACAUUAUGGUCCUGGGUAUCCUGGGGCCUAUGCAUGA